UACCACUAUUUGCUUUAAUUAAAUUUGCGUGACACGCAUUCAAAGACAUACUAUAGUGCAUUACGCAUAAACGAACACCAUUAUUGGGUUAAAAAGUUUAGUAUAAAGGACAAAAAUGACGAUCGAAGGAAACAAGGACGAAGCAGACCGAUGUAUAGAGAUUGCUCAAAAUGCAUUUUCUUCAGGGAAUAUUGAGAAAGCGGAGAAAUUUCUUAUCAAAGCGGAGAAGUUAUACCCUAGCCUUCGCGCUAAAGAGCUUUUGACUCUCAUACGAUCAGGUAGUCCUCCAAGUUCUUCAAAGAAAACACCGCCAAGUACGCCAUCCACUGAGGAUGUCAGACGACGCAAACCCUCGUCGCAUACUACGUCGCAUAGAGAGUAUUCGUCGGAGCAGUUGGAGGCCGUACGUCGUGUAAAUACAAAGUGCAAGGAUUACUAUGAAAUCCUUGGUGUGACCAAAGAAGCAACCGACUCUGACAUCAAGAAGUCAUACAAGAAACUAGCUCUACAGCUGCACCCUGAUAAAAACCGUGCCCCGGGUGCUGCCGAGGCUUUCAAGGCCAUCGGCAACGCUGCAGCGAUCCUAACGGACGUAGAAAAACGUAGACAGUACGAUAUGAGAGACAAGGAAGCAGUGCAUUCCACGCAUUCGCACCACCAGUAUUACGCUCGUGGCUUCGAAUCUGAUCUGACUGCUGAAGAACUGUUCAAUAUGUUCUUCGGCGCUACUGGUGAGUCCAAAUUAAUUAUAUCAUUUUUCUUUAUGAUACCAACCGGCGGAACGAAAAAGUGGUGCGCCUGUUUGUAAGCGACACGCCUGUCUAUAACAGUUGCAGUGCCAC